AUGCAUGCCCCUGGCACCCCCAAUUGUCACACAGAAGAGGUGUUCAUGAUAACUAUUGUCCUGUUCACAUUAGAAGCAAGAAAUGAGACAAGUCACAUGAAAGACUCAGGCAGGAAAGCAUCCUGCAAACAGGCUAUACAGCUGGUGGUGAUGGUUUCUGAAGCAGCCAUGGCAACUGUACCUGAACCCAUCAACGAAAUGAUGGCUUACUACAGUGACGAGAAUGAGCUGUUAUUUGAGGCUGAUGGCCCCAAACAGAUGAAGAGCUGCAUCCAACACCUGGACCUCGGCUCCGUGGAAGUUGGAAACAUCCAGCUGCAGAUUUCUCACCAGCUAUACAACAAAAGCUUCAGGCAGGUGGUGUCGGUCAUCGUGGCCAUGGAGAAGCUGAGGAACAGUGCCUACGCACACGUCUUCCAUGAUGAUGACCUGAGGAACGUCCUUUCAUUCAUCUUCGAAGAAGAGCCUGUCGUCUUCGAAACGUCCUCCGACGAGUUUCUGUGUGAUGCAGCCGUGCAGUCAGUAAACUGCAAACUCCAGGACCGAGAGCAAAAAUCCCUGGUGCUGGCUAGCCCAUGUGUGCUGAAGGCUCUCCACCUCCUCUCACAGGAAAUGAGCCGAGAAGUGGUGUUCUGCAUGAGCUUCGUGCAAGCAGAGGAAAGAGACAACAAGAUUCCUGUGGCCUUGGGUAUCAGGGACAAGAAUCUAUACCUGUCUUGUGUGAAGAAAGGUGAUACUCCCACCCUGCAACUGGAGGAAGUAGACCCCAAAGUCUACCCCAAGAGGAAUAUGGAAAAGCGAUUUGUCUUCUACAAGACAGAAAUCAAGGAUACAGUUGAAUUUGAGUCUGUCCUGUACCCUAACUGGUACAUCAGCACUUCUCAAACUGAAGAAAAGCCCGUCUUCCUGGGACAUUUUAGAGGUGGCCAGGAUAUAACUGACUUCAGAAUGGAAACCCUCUCUCCCUAA